GGAGAAGCGGAGGAGAGAAAAAGUUGCCAUUUUUAUUUUCCUCUGGUUUUGGAUCUGGGAGAGAAUUAAAUAGGAGGCAUUCUGUGUGAGGUGAUUAUUGGCCGUCUGAUGAUUAGAAAAUUCGAUCAGAGCCGUUGGAAUUGUGGAUUUGGAGUGGAUGGUCUCUAGGAUCUCGUUGGCGGGAUCGGGACACAGAUAAGGGUGAAUGGGUCGCCAUCGAGAAGGGAAAGGGGGAUAGAGAGGCAAGGCCUCAUCUUUUGGGGCUUUCUUCUCCAAUUUUGUGUUAUAAAUUUGUUCUUUUCCUCCCCUAAAAAUGGCGAUGAAGGCUUCCUUGAGCGGGUUGAGCUUGGCUUCACCCUCGUCUUCUUCUAUGGCUGCUUCUUUGCCGAGGGUUCUCGUCUCUAGACGACGGCUCGGGACCUCAUUUUUUAAUGGUGGAGUGGGAGCAUUGAAGGCCAAGGGAGUACCAACAUCCAAUAUCAAAAGACCAAAAUGUCAUAAACAUCGUGGUGGUGCCCUUGGUGCACAGAUGAAUUUAUUUGAUCGGCUCGCUAGGGUAAUCAAGUCAUAUGCAAAUUCAGUCUUGAGUUCCUUGGAGGAUCCAGAGAAGAUGUUGGAACAAGCUGUGCUUGAAAUGAAUGAUGACUUGACAAAGAUGCGCCAGGCCACAGCACAGGUUAUAGCAUCUCAGAAAAGGCUGGAAAACAAAUACAAAGCUGCACAGCAACAAUCUGAUGAUUGGUAUCGCCGGGCACAGCUUGCUCUUGCCAAAGGAGAUGAGGAUCUUGCCCGUGAGGCCCUUAAGAGGCGUAAAUCUUAUGCUGAUAAUGCAAGCUCUUUAAAAGCUCAGCUUGAUCAACAGAAGAGUGUGGUUGACAAUCUUGUAUCCAAUACUCGGCUUUUAGAGAGCAAGAUACAGGAAGCCAGGUCAAAGAAAGAUACUUUGAAAGCUCGUGCACAGUCAGCAAAGACUGCAACAAAAGUGAGUGAAAUGUUAGGAAACGUCAAUACAAGUAAUGCUCUUUCAGCAUUUGAAAAGAUGGAGGAAAAAGUUAUGGCUAUGGAGUCCCAAGCAGAGGCUGUUGGCCAAUUAACUACUGAUGAUCUAGAAGGAAAGUUUGCAUUGCUUGAGAACUCGUCAGUGGAUGAUGAUCUUGCAAGCUUAAAAAGGGAACUUUCAGGGAGCUCACCGAAAGGGGAGCUCCCUUCUGGUAGAACUGUUAGCAGCUCAAGCACGGCAUUGCCUUUCCGAGACAUGGAAAUUGAGAAGGAGCUUAAUGAGUUAAGAAGACAGGCCAAGGGGUCCUAGUGUUCUUUUUUCUUU